AUGAACUCAUCCAUUCACAGUACCAAGUACCUAAGCCGGCACCUGGAUCCGCCGCACGGGAGGAGAAGAGGAGGAGCCUGGUGCGGACGGCUCAGUGGAGGGAGCUGCCACGAGGGAGGAGUGGGAGCCCAGCACGGCGGCCAUGGUGGAAGAGGAGGCGGGAGGGCGGCUCGAUCUGUCGCGCUGGAGGAGGGGCCCGGCGGCCGCAACGGCCUGCAGGGGCGGCGGCGGCGACUUCAGCCCGCGGCGGCGGCCUCCGAGGCAUGCAAGGGCGGGGCGGCGGCGACGGCCGAGACCCAGGCCCGCAGGGGAGGCGGCAGAGGAGGAGCGGCCCUCCAUGGCGCAGGCAGAGUGCACCGCCUCACCUGCAGGCCGCGCGGCGGCGGAGGGGCGUCGCUGGUCCGCCGGACCGCGCACGAGCUGAAGAAAGUCCAGAGCCGCUCGGACUUCGCCGACGAGAUCCACAAGCUCAAGACCCGCCUCAAGGACGCGCACCAGCGGGUCAUCAGUAUCCCCAUUGCCACCCUCCCUACCACGAAUUCGCCUGAGAGAUCGACACAGAUAUAG